AUGGGAAAUAUGUCAAUAUUUAGAACUGCUCAAUUGGAAAUGGAAGAUCCUCCAAAGAAAAAAAUGCACAGGGGGGAAUCUUCGUUUAGUGGCCCCACAGGCACUGAAGUGAUCGAUGACUCCAAGGCCUUCGUCCAACGUUUCGCUGUUUUGUUCAACAGUUCCUGUUUCAGUGAUGUGAGACUCCGGGUUGGGAAUCAGACAUUUUAUGGUCAUAAGUUUAUACUGGCAUCUGCUAGUAAAGUGUUUGAGGCUAUGUUUGGAGAAUCAUCCACUUGGGAAGAGAGUCGUCAGCAAGAAAUUCGUUUGGUGGAAGAGGAGGCCUGUCAGAUGGUGUAUUAUGACUUUUUGAGGUAUUUUUACUCUGCCAGUAUCGACAUGAGUACAGACAAAGCCCUUCCUUUACUACUGCUAGCUGACAAGUACAAUGUGCAGCCACUUCGCAACGUGUGUGUGGAUUACAUGAUGAAGCACAUUGAAGAAUCACCAGACAAGAACAAGACUCUUACAUGGUAUCACUACUCCAAACUGACUGGGCCAGAACGACUAGGAGAUGCUUGUAAAAACUUCAUUGUGUCCAACUUUAAUGUCAUCCUGGAUGCUCCGGAUGGGUGGAAAUGGAAAGAGAGGAACUUGCUGACUUCAUGGCCAUGUCUGAGCUGUGUAGAGCAAUGGCUGUUGUCAGACAACAAUUCAGAACUGAGGAGGGAGAAUGUGGAGUUGAUUGUUCCAUUGCUGCGCUUCUGCAAGAUGACACCAACAGAGCUUCUGGCCAUAGAGUCAUCUCCCUUAAUGGAGGAGUUUUCAGAGAUUUUGAAACCCAAGUUAGGAGCAGCCUAUAGAUUCCACUCACUGGCAAGCAAUGGCGUGUUCCUGCCCAGUGAACAAGUCCCCUACAGGAACUUCACCUCUGAGAUGUACGGCAUGCGAUUUCAGUUUGAGCUGAAGUCCUAUGCAAACAUUCCGAAGAUUGAGAGCCGGAUCUGCCUGUCUUGUUUGGUGCCAUACUUGCCCUGCUUGGAGAUUGAGACAGGGCACCAGAAAUGUAAGAGUUGUCAUUACUUCCUGUCAUGUAAGACCACAAAUGUCCACUUCUCUACAAUUUCCUUAUACGGUAACUUCAUGGGACGGCAGAAUGAUAACGCCAACAAGCAGUACCCUCCGAUGCUCGUUGAAGCCACUCUCCAGCUCUACAGCAAGAAGAAAGAUCUCAGGUAUGUUGGACUGACUGUGUCUAAAACUCAGAUCUUCACCCAGAAAAGUCCAGAUUUGGUUGUGGAAAAUGUUUUGGACCUGGACAGACUGAAAAGUGAAGACUCGCCUUUUAUCGUUGAGGGCUGUUUGUCUGGGGCUGUGUUUAUUAAAGUGCAACAAGUUGGUGACCAUCUUCUGGAAGGUGAAUGUAGUAAAGAUGUUGCUUUUGGAAAUACCGUGCAGUAG